ACACAGCCUCCAGAUGACCCCUUGAGUGAAUUUUCCAAAGGGUUUGAAGACUAUCUGCAAACACCACUUCAGCCCCUGAUGGACAACCUGGAGUCAGUGACAUAUGAAAUUUUUGAAAAGGAUCCAGUGAAGUACACAGAGUAUCAGAGGGCCAUGUACCUUGCUCUCAUGGACAAAGGGCCAGCCACACUAGUGGAAAAACGUGUGCUCAUCCUCAUGGUUCUGGGUGCUGGAGAGGUCCGCUUGUGAGCAGCACUGCAUGCUGCUGAGUCAGCUGGCCAGAAGGUUCGGGUCUAUGCAAUUGAAAAGAACCCCAACGCAGUGCUCACGUUACUUACACAAAAGGCUGAGUUAUGGAAGGACCUAGUGACUGUGGUGUCAUGUGAUAUGCGUGAUUUUGAGGCUCCUGAAAAAGCAGACAUUCUUGUCUCUGAGCUGCUGGGUUCCUUUGGAGACAACGAGCUCUCUCCAGAGUGUUUGGAUGGUGCGCAGCGUUUCUUGAAAGAUGAUGGCAUCAGCAUACCUUGCCAGUAUAAGUCAUACCUGGCACCACUUCAGUCUUACAAGCUCUUCACAGAAGUGGCUGCACUAAGGGACAAGGACAAGCAUCCUCUGACUCCCUACGAAGUGCCUUAUGUGGUGCGUCUGCAUAAUGUUACUGAGCUAGCGGAACAUCACUUGUUCACUUUUGUCCAUCCAAACAAAGACAAAACAAUUGACAACAGCCGGUACAAGUUUCUGCGCUUUAAAAUCAAGAAUACCAGUAUCUUGCAUGUUGUUAGACAGCGCCUGUGUCAUCGUUUCUUUUUCGUCCGUGUCCAAUCUGCACUGGCCCUCAUGACUUUGUCAACUACAUUGAGGCAUCUGUCCAAACUCUCAUUCCCCUGGCAUGUUCAGCUGGUUUCCCAUAUUUUCCCCAUCAAGGAACCCGUCCGUCUGCACAAGGGUGCUACAGUAGAGGUGCACUUCUGGCGUUGUGUGACUCCACGCAAAGUGUGGUAUGAGUGGCUGGUGUCAGAGCCUGAAGUUGGAACUCUCCACAAUCCAUGUGGUCGCUCAUACACCAUAGGACUUUGACUAAGCAGGCCCUGGUAUGCAAUGUAAAUGUGAAAUGCACAGGCUCAUUUUGUGUUUGUACACUGUUAAGCAACAGUAAAAUGAAAUUUGAAAUGAAA